AAGCUAGAUAAACAGACUGUCUCAUCUUGAUACGCAUCUCUUUCCUUCUUCCUUCCAUCGAACUCUGCAUUUCAUACAAGAUGAAUGAAGCAGAAGGACUGGAUUACAACAACAAAGGAGAUAUAGAAUCCGAAGCUAGAUCACCAGAAGGAAUGGAUUAUAGCAAAGGAGAUAUAGAGUCCGAAGCUAGAUCACCAGAUACGGAACAUAUAGCAGAACUUCGUUAUCCUGGCGGGAUACGAGAUGACAUCGAAGGUGAUUUAGUAACAGAUCGGGAGAGGAGGGAUCUGAAAAGAGGUUUAAAUCAACGUCAUAUCACCAUGAUCGCAAUAGCGGGCUCAAUUGGCACAGGUUUAUUCUUAGGCACUGGAGCUUCCAUUCAAACCGCUGGGCCUUUGGGAGCUUUGUUGGGCUAUGCAACCGUUGGAUUGAUCGUUUGUGCUGUACAAUUUGCAUUAGGUGAAGUGGCAAGUCUUUUACCCGUCACUGGAAGUUUCGUUAGACAUGCAGAAUUUCUCUUCGAUCCAGCUUUGGGCUUUGCAGUCGGUUUGAACAUCGUUUAUGGAAAUCUACUGUCUGUUCCUGCAGAAAUUUCAGCAAUUUGUGUCCUUUUUCAAUUUUGGACAGAUAUCAACUCUGCCGUUUGGAUUUGCAUUUUCAUCUUCAUUACCUUUCUUGUUGGUAUUGCCUUUGUUGGAAUUUAUGGAGAAGUGGAAUUCUUUUUUGCUUGUCUAAAGAUUCUUUUGAUCGUCUUUUUGAUCAUCUUUGGCCUCGUGAUCGAUCUUGGAGGUAUCCCCGGCAUUGCAAGGAUCGGAUUUCGUUAUUGGAAAUCACCUGGACCGUUCGUCGAGUAUAUCGCUUCAGGCUCUUGGGGCAAGUUCCUGGGAUAUUGGGCUGUCAUGACGAAUGCAGUGUUUAGCUUUGCAGGUGUGGAAAGUUUGGCAAUGGCAGCGGCUGAAACGCAAAACCCACGGAGAAACAUUCCAAAAGCAUGCAAGAGAGUCUUCGCUCGUGUGCUUUUGUUCUAUAUUCUAGCAAUUCUUAUUGUCGGAAUGAUUGUCAGUUCAGAAGAUUCAAGACUUAAUGAUCAAUCUGGAACUGCUUCUCAAUCACCUUUUGUUAUUUUGGCUUCAGCAGCAGGUUAUAAGGCGAUUCCAUCUGUCGUAAAUGCAAUCGUGAUCACAUCUGCAUGGUCAUCAUCAAAUCAAGCACUUUUGGCAGGAACUAGAACGCUAUAUUCUUUAGCAAUCAAAGGUCAAGCACCCAAAAUAUUCUUACGAACGGCACCUUGGGGUGUACCGUACGUUUGCGUUUUGUUCAAUACCGCAUUCAUGUUUUUGGCUUUCAUGGCUUUAUCAAAUAGUGCGCUCACGGUCUUUUAUUGGCUUGUGGAUUUGACGGCUGCUGGCGUUUUGGUGUCAUGGUCAGCGAUCCUGUUCAAUCAUAUCCGAUUAAAUCAAGCGAUGAAGAAGCAAGGUAUUUCACGUUCAGAGCUUCCUUUCAAUAAUUCAUGGACGCCCUAUUCUUCUCCGAUCGCAUUGGCAUUAUGCUUAAUCAUCUUAUUCACAGGAGGCUUCAAGACAUUCACAAAGGGUAAUUGGUCAACGAGCACGUUCAUUUCAUCUUACUUAGAUAUUCCUUUGGUGAUCGCAGCUUAUCUUCUGUGGAAGUUUAUCAAAGGAACAAAGAUUGUUUCAUUAGAGGAUAUUCCUAUUCGAGCAGCUCUCGAUGAUAUCGUCGAACAUCCAGAACCUGUCGAAAUAAAGAAGAAGGGGUGGCUACGGUAUGUCACCUGGGUGUGGAGUUGAGGAUAGAUGAUUUGUAUCUAACCGUAUUUCAGGAAGUGUCAUGUACGAAUAUAAAGCACUGUAGAAAAUAGAAAUUGAUAGCAUCAUCAAACGCU